CUUGUUCGAUCGAUAGAUCUGCGAUGUCAUAAGCUGAUCUCUGUGAAUCCGAAUGUAUGUACUUUUUUCGAGAUUGGUGUGUGAAAAGACCAGGAAUUGUGGUCACGAAUUGUAGUGAAACGACUGUGCUUCGUACGCAUAAUGAAGAUUACCUCUUGAAUCACACAUGUUCAGGACAUCAUCUGGAUGCGUGAUUUGCCUUAUUUGGACUCACCUUGCGAGUAGCUUCACUGUAGAGUGGUCUGGGUAAAGAAUAGUUUCUGCAAACUUUUGUGUCGUUGAGAUUUAGAAUCUUGUUCACCGGAGGUGUAAGCUUUGUCUACCACAGGAGAGUGACGAGCAAGUUUCAAACGUUCGCAACCAUGUCCUCUGAAAUCAACGAAUCAGCUGCAAAGAAUCCGGGGCUAUGUGAAUCCCCUGAUGAAGCAACCAAAGGAUAUUUCAUUCAGCAAACUAUGUACCGAAUUAAAGACCCCAAAGUAAGCUUAGAUUUCUACACCCGCAUAUUGGGAAUGACGCUCCUAAAGAGGUUGGACUUUCCAGAAAUGAAGUUCAGUUUAUAUUUCGUGGGAUACGAGGAUCCCGCUAGUAUACCCACCGAUCCUGCUGAGCGGAUGGCUUACACUUUUGUUCUUGAGCUUACACACAACUGGGGCACUGAAUCAGACGAGAAUUUCAAAGGACAUCACAAUGGCAAUAGCGAGCCUCGUGGCUACGGGCAUAUUGGGAUUACUGUCGAUGACACCUACAAGGCAUGUGAAAGGUUCGAAAAGAUGGGCGUGAAGUUUGUUAAGAAGCCCGAUGAUGGAAAAAUGAAAGGAGUGGCUUUUAUCCAAGACCCAGAUGGUUACUGGAUUGAAAUUUUUGACCUCAAGUUAAUGAAGUCGUCUUUUUCCUGAUAGAUGCAUGACAUGAUCCAGCACUGAAUGUGUGGCCGCAGAUCGGGACAGGAUGUUAUUCAAAUAUCGUGCAGUCAUGCAUCGAACCCUGAAUACUCGAGUUUAAUUGUCUGCGUACUGUCUGGUCUACUUUUUUUGCGUUGUGGAACUAUAAAUAGAUGGUAGAAAAUUAGUUGUUCCAGUAAACCAGCUAAUGUGUGGUAACUAUGGGUUUGUAUGUAUAAUUGCGGUAUUAUACCCGUGGUAUUAUACCACUGUAUUAUACAGCACUCUCAAACCAUACCUUGUAUAAUUGUAUAAUGAAAGUCUCAAACCAUACCUUGUAUAAUUGUAUAAUAAAAAGUCUGACACGAGUCCGAAUGAGACCGUUGCGGAGGCCAAA